AUGGAAUCAAAUGGCCCUGUCGUCGCGGUGGAUGACUCCCAGCGUCGCCGCCGGAAGGCAGCUCUACGCCAACGGAAUUCCAGCAAGGGACCUAUAUCUGCUCGUUUGAUGCUUGAUAUCCGCCUAAAGGGUGAGAUAGGGGUCCUUUCAGACGAGUUGCUGGCAGACUUGCUCCCUCGUCGGGGUGCAGAUGAUUUCGGGACACGUCCUGAUAUAAUAUAUGUCGCUCUGGCCCCUUGGACUCCAAACCUCACGACCGUUGAAGAUGUCCAGUGGACCAUUGUCCCUGCCCAUACUCAGGCCAGCGAGAAGACGAAACCCUCCUUCAUUUCGAGUUCGGCCAUCCACUUCCCCGUUUCCGCCAACUCAAUUCAGCCGUUUAUCCAGGCAUUGCAAGGCAGCGACCCGUCGCGGUCCUCCUUUGUUCUGGCUCAACGUGGAAUUGAGAUCCAUAUUGUCAAUGUCACACCGCUACACUUGGAUACCAUAUACGUCACAGUGGAACGGCACCUGUUGCGAGAUAUUGACGAAAUACAGGGCAAGUUUGGAGGAGGGUUCAGUACCAAGUCACGCACCUCUAAUGGAUUGUGGUCUAAAGGGAAAGGGCCAACCAUACCCAAAGGGUCGAAACAGUCUGCUGCGCAGAGGGAGGAACGGCUGAUGGAAGCUAUACGACGAGGGCUAGCCGAACGGGAUAUCUUACAUAAUGGGGAUAUCAUUCCUCUUCCCUUACCUUCACACCCUAUCACGCAUGCUCCACCACCGCCAGCAAGGAUAUCGUUCUGCGAGCCUGUGGCUCAGGGCCGCCUGAUGCCAAAGACGAAGAUCGUGCUUUUACAGGCACGCUCAGCGCAGAAAUCACAUUCUAAGUCUCUAUCUAUAUCUAGCCCUGCUCACCUCAAACGAGUUACGGAAGAUGAUACGGAAGAUACAUCAAAUGAUAUGUUUUACUCCGCAGGAGAAGAGAAAACGCUAGAGGAAGGCACUGAUAUCGAGAGUCCGUCGCCGCCGGAUGAAUCCGAUACAGAAGCGUCGGCCGAGAGCCGUAGUGAUGCCGAUGAAUCUAAUGACUCUGGCGACACUGGUGACUCCGAUGACUCUGACGAUUCCUUGGAAGAUAUGAUUUCGCUCACAGCUCCUGAACUUCCUCAACAGCCUUCUGGAGCAAUGUCAGCAUUCUCCUCUGCAACACCCAGGCUUGGAGGAAGGUCACUAGGCAUACAUUCUCCUGGCUCGGUAUUUUCUAGUUUUACAUCAAACACUGCUCGUCAAGGAAGACAUGGGGGUAAAACGUUCAAAGCCGAAUGCCUUCUUCAUCGCAUACCAAGUGAAUUCCUCCACCCUAAACCACGAGAAGAAGAUGAUCCGGAUGCCUUCAUUUUUGUUGAUGUGCACACUCUUGUCAAGAUUGGAUGUUUCUCCGGCGACUGGGUUCGUAUAGCCCCUACAGAUGAACCACAACGAAACAUGCUCUCUUCUCUCGCCUUUAGCGGUCUUAACGGUUUAAUGGGAAGCACUGAAGAGCCUGAAAACUGGCGUGUUGCAAAGGUUUACGGCGUUACAGGUCUAUCUCCUCCAAAGAUCAGGUAUGCCAUGCACAAGUCAGCAGACAGAUCGUCCAGUGUUUCACAGAUGCCUCCCCAUGGUCUCACGCCAACAGUUCUAUUACCCCCCCUUUUACUGCAUAACUUGCAGAGUCCGAAAUAUAUAAAACUUUCCCCGUUAUCGCUUGGCCCAGCUCAGCAUGGACCAUCGAAACUUGGACUGGUGGCUUCUCGUGGAGGUAGUAUGCCAAAGGCACCGCCUACAGCCAAAGAGGUUACUCUACUGAAGAUAUCUACUCCUUUGUCGGUAGAUAGAGCGCUCCAACCUGCCAUAUUCGCCGCCUUGAAACAUCAUUUCGAGUCGAAAAGGCGCCUAGUAAAAGGCGGAGACAUGAUUGGAAUUAGUAUAGAUGAAGGUCUAGGGAAGACAAUUUUUUCUGCAACUAAGAGUGCAGACGCUGCUAGUCAGGAUGACGAGCUGCCUUCUCAACUUGCCUUUUCAUCCAUUAAGAACGGCCCAUCCAGCAAAAUUGGGGUUGCUUGGUUCCGAGUUAGCCAUGUCACUGCUCCUACUACCAGCUCUGAGCCAGAUAGCGCUCCUGACCAUGAACAAUGGGGCGGAGUGGCUGCUAUCGAUACUCUCAAUACCCGAAUGGUGCAAGCCGGAAGUGAAAUUGGCACCGUUCCGGGCACUCUCGAGAACACAUGGGAGUACUGGCUUUCUGUCAAGGCAGCACCACAGCUAAGCAUAGAACAAAGAGCAACUCCCUGGCUACAAGCCGAAUCCUCGGCAAUUUUCACAUCUGCCAUCCAGAAGCGUGUGAGAGAGUUGAUAGCCGCGGCAACAAGUCCACGGGCUAUCCAGCUGGGGUUGAAACCAGUUGUUAUCCUCCUCACUUCUACACAGAGGAAUAUUGGUAAAUCUACAGUUGCACGUCGUGCGUGUGCUGAUAUUGGUCUUCACACUUUUACAAUUGAUUCCUACGAUAUCCUCAGUGAAGGAGGAGCUAAUGGAGGAGAUGUGAAAACUGAAGCAUACCUCAAGGCAAGGGCAGAUAGAGCCUUCGCCUGUGGCUCAGCUUGCACCGCCGUAUUAAUUGAGCAUAUUGAAGUCCUAACAGCGGACAGAAUCGUUACAUCUUUGAAAGAGAUCGUUGCUAACUCUCGAGUUAUCAUUGCUACAACCACAGAUGUGGAAAAGGUCCCAGAUGGAAUCCGAAGCCUCUUUACACAUGAGCUUGAAAUGACAGCUCCAGAAGAGAAGGAGAGAGAAGGGAUCCUUAAAAACGCAGUAAGCGAUCUUGCCUUAAAGCUAUCGCCCAAUGUUGACCUGGCCUCAGUGGCGGUUAAGACUGCUGCACUUGUUGCUGGUGACUUGGUCGAUGUUGUUGAACGGGCUGUUGCUGAGCGGACUUUGCGGCUAGAGAGGCUCGCGGAUUCUGCAGCGCCCCUCGAUGCAAAAUCGAGAGUCACUGUUCGAGAUGUUCAGAUAGCUGGCGGUGAUGCAACACAGUCUGUCACCAAAGCUGAUUUCGAUGCCGCAGUCGAUGCCGCUAGGAAAAAUUUCGCUGAUUCAAUCGGAGCUCCAAAGAUCCCGAACGUCACUUGGGAUGAUGUUGGUGGACUCACCAACGUGAAAGAUGCUGUCAUGGAAACCAUUCAGCUUCCACUUGAACGGCCAGAGUUGUUUGCCAAGGGUAUGAAAAAGCGAAGCGGCAUUCUAUUCUACGGGCCGCCGGGAACAGGAAAGACUCUUCUUGCAAAGGCAAUUGCUACAGAAUUCUCGCUCAACUUUUUCUCAGUCAAGGGUCCAGAGCUUUUGAAUAUGUAUAUUGGAGAAUCCGAAGCGAAUGUGCGAAGAGUGUUCCAGCGUGCUCGAGAUGCACGACCUUGUGUGGUCUUCUUCGAUGAGUUGGACUCUGUAGCGCCUAAGCGAGGUAACCAGGGAGACAGCGGCGGCGUCAUGGACAGAAUUGUCAGUCAGCUUCUUGCGGAACUUGACGGUAUGAGCGGUGGUGACGAGAAUGGCGGUGGUGUCUUUGUUAUUGGCGCUACCAACCGUCCCGAUCUUUUAGACGCUGCAUUACUACGACCCGGCAGAUUCGAUAAGAUGUUGUACCUUGGUGUGUCAGAUACACAUGAUAAACAGCUUACCAUCUUGGAAGCUCUGACUCGCAAAUUUAAUCUGCAUCCUGACCUUUCACUGCGGCGAGUCGCGGAAACGCUACCGUUUACUUAUACCGGUGCCGACUUGUAUGCCUUGUGUUCAGACGCAAUGCUCAAAGCAAUUACUCGACAGGCCACUGCGGUGGAUGAGCGAAUAAAGGCUCUUCCUACCGGACCCGUUACAACAGCAUAUUUCUUUGACCACCUUGCGACUCCAGACGAUACCGCUGUAAUGGUCACGGAGCAAGAUUUCAUUGAAGCUAAGAAUGAGCUGGUUCCAAGUGUCAGUGCGAAAGAGCUUGAACACUUCGAGCGUGUGCGCAAGACAUUUGAGACUGUCGAUACCAAGAAAUCUUUCCCGUCUGACGCGGAAAAGGCAAUUGAAAGCAAGCCUGUGGAGGCUGCGGACCUGAUGGUUGAUGGCUCCCUAAUCAUAGACGAGGCCCCCCUCCAUGCUCCUAGUAAACCGAAAGGAGAAAAUAAAGAUGAUGAAUAUAGACUCAGAACCGAUCAUCUGGCGAAACAUGAGCCGCCAAAGCAAUAG